AUGGCCUCCUUGUGUAGACAAAUUGUUCGGGCAAAUGCCUGCAGGAAUUUAGUUUUAUCAACUGCCCGACGUGGAUAUGCGGACAAAAUGAUGCCCGAUCCCAUGGAGCAUGCCACUGGUCUUGAGAAGAAGGAAUUGCUAGCAAUACAGUCUGGAAAUGAUGAUCCUUUCAACAUGAAAGUGUUGCAAAAAGCAGCAGGCACCCGUGACAACCCCACCCUAGUGCCAUCUUGCUUUGAUGCGCGCAUUGUUGGAUGCAUAUGUGAAGAACACUCCACAGCUAUCAACUGGCUAUGGGUACAUAAGAACCACCCACGCCGCUGUGAGUGCGGUCACUGGUACAAACUCAUAGAGAAGACACCUCUC